CAUUAUUAUAAGGGGAUGAUUUCUUUCAGAUUUCACGAGCCUUGUCGAGAUUGGAUCCAUACAAAUUCUCUACGACGCGGCUGCUUCACUCUCUCCCACUGUUGAGCUUCCACUCGGAGAGAUAGAGAUAUAUAUAUAGAUAGAGAAGAAGAAGAAGAAGAAGGAGAAGAAGGAGUUGCGGUAAGAAACCUAUCCGAUGAAGGAUUCUUGGAAAUCGCUCUAAUUUUCUGGGGAAUUUUCGGAUUUAAUCGAUUGUAAAUAGACUACGAAUCUUCAGCUCCAAGACCGCCAUUGCUGGGGAAAAAAGAUUCUAGUUUCUCGGAAACUUCAAUCUGGCUUUGCAGGAAUCUUAAACGAGCGAAAAUGUCGAUGCCACUGCACCGUGGCACCUCUGGAAUAAGGGUUUCUGGUAGCAGCGAUGAUUUGUGGGAUUCCCAAAUGAAGGACAAAACAGAGAAGGGAGAUUUGGAUCGAAGCCGUUCCAUGGACAAUACCUUCUUGGCCUUAAGGUUCCCAUUUGGUUUCCUCUUCAGUAAUCACUCUUCUCCUAAGAACGGAAUCAAUGAAAACGGGUUUGCAUCCGAUCCUUAUAUAAGCGGUACCGCGAGGAGUAGGCACAGAUUAAUGAUGCUUCUUUUGAAGAUCAGUUUGGUUGUUAUCGUGAUUGUUGCUCUUACUGGAUCGUUCUGGUGGACGAUAUCCAUUUCCACGUCGUCCAGAGGUCACAUAUAUCACAACUAUAGGAGAUUACAGGAGCAACUAGUUUCAGACUUGCUAGAUAUUGGGGAGAUUUCUCUUGGUCCUAACAGAUGGAAGGAGAUGGAAUUUUGUUCUGCAGAUUCAGAGAAUUAUGUUCCUUGCUUUAACGUUUCCGAGAAUCUUGCUCUUGGGUACUCCAAUGGUGAUGAAUAUGAUCGGUUUUGUGGGCCUGGAUCGAAGGUGGAUUGUUUAGUAUUACCACCUGCCAAUUACCGGAUUCCUCUUAGGUGGCCGACUGGUAGAGAUGUCAUCUGGUUCGCUAAUGUUAAGAUUACUGCUCAAGAGGUGUUGUCUUCUGGUAGUUUCACCAAGAGGAUGAUGAUGAUGGAAGACGAUCAGAUUUCUUUCCGUUCUGCAUCUUCAAUGUUCGAUGGGGUUGAAGAUUAUUCUCAUCAAAUUGCUGAAAUGAUUGGGCUUCCCAACGAUAAUUUCAUAGAAGCUGGUGUGAGAACUAUCUUAGAUAUCGGAUGUGGUUACGGUAGCUUUGGGGCACAUCUAUUUUCCAAACAACUCUUAACUUUAUGCAUAGCAAACUACGAAGCCUCGGGUAGCCAGGUUCAGCUAACACUUGAGAGGGGUCUUCCUGCAAUGAUCGGGUCAUUUAUCUCGAAGCAAUUGCCAUAUCCUUCACUAUCGUUUGACAUGUUGCAUUGUGCAAGAUGUGGAAUUGAUUGGGACCAGAAAGAUGGGCUUCUCUUGAUUGAAGCUGAUAGAGUUCUGAAGCCCGGAGGCUACUUCGUCUGGACAUCACCCCUCACAAAUGCCCGUAACAAAGAGAAUCUAAAAAGAUGGAACUUUGUUCAUGAUUUUGCUGAGAGCCUUUGUUGGGAUCUUUUAUCUCAGCAAGAUGAGACCGUUGUUUGGAAGAAGACGAGCAAAACCAACUGCUAUAGUUCCCGGAAGCCCGGUGUAGGACCUUCAAUCUGUAGCAAAGGACAGGAUGUUGAAUCUCCAUAUUACCGGCCACUUCAGAGAUGCAUAGGUGGGACCCGUAGCCGGAGGUGGGUUCGGGUUGAAGCCAGGAAAACAUGGCCUGGCAGGGCUAACCUGAACAAGACCGAACUUUCACUAUAUGGUAUUCACCCUGAAGAUUUUGGCGAGGACAACGAAAGCUGGAGAAUGACGGCACGGGAGUACUGGUCGCUGUUGUCACCUCUCAUAUUCUCGGAUCAUCCAAAAAGACCGGGUGAUGAAGAUCCUUUGCCACCUUAUAAUAUGCUCAGAAACGUUCUCGACAUGAACGCUCAGUUCGGAGGGUUCAAUUCCGCAUUGUUGGAAGCAGGAAAAUCCGUGUGGGUAAUGAAUGUCGUGCCCAUUCUCGGAUCCAACCACCUUCCCAUGAUUCUCGACCGUGGCUUUGUCGGGGUUUUACACGACUGGUGUGAAGCAUUCCCGACAUACCCCAGAACAUACGAUAUGGUACAUGCAGACGGGCUUCUGUCGCUUCAGACAGGUCAGGCUCGUAGCAGAUGCUCACUCAUGGAUAUUUUCAUGGAAAUCGAUCGGUUACUUCGCCCGGAGGGAUGGGUGAUAAUAAGAGACACGGCGAAGCUGAUAGAGACAGCGAGAAGCAUGACGACACAGAUGAAGUGGGAAGCUCGAGUUAUAGAGAUCGAAAGCAGCAGCGAACAAAGGCUUCUCUUCUGUCAGAAACCCUUCACCAGGCGACAAUGAAACCUUAUCCGACGAAUGAUCUUCGAACAUGUUUUGUCUCUCACACGGCAGAGAAGACGGUGAAGAAGAAGAAGAAAGAGGAACUUUCCUGCCGAGGCCGUAAGGCAGUAGGUGGGGAGGCGGGGCGUCCGGGUAAAUUUAUUAUUACCCGGACUUUAUUUCACAGAUUUAGAUUUUUUUCUUAAUUUUCGUUGGGGUUUUUUUGGGUUCUUUUUUUUUACCGGUUUAUUUAUACAGCGAAGAACAAUAUUCAGAUUUGUGAAGAUGUUUACGAAAUAAGUUUAAAAAAAAGUUAUGUCGA